AGGUGACAUUGGUGACGGAAGAAGAACAAGAAUGAUUACAUAUCCAUAACUCCCAGCAGUAUGUCAGGGUAUAUACCCAGUUACUUAGACAAGGAUGAGCUAUGUGUAGUAUGUGGGGACAAAGCCACCGGAUAUCAUUAUCGCUGCAUCACUUGCGAAGGUUGCAAGGGUUUUUUUAGAAGAACCAUUCAGAAAAACCUCCAUCCGACCUAUUCCUGUAAAUAUGAAGGAAAAUGUGUGAUAGACAAAGUAACAAGAAAUCAGUGCCAGGAAUGUCGCUUCAAAAAAUGUAUCUUUGUUGGCAUGGCAACAGAUUUGGUGUUGGAUGACAGCAAGCGGUUGGCAAAGAGGAAGCUGAUAGAAGAAAAUCGAGAGAAGAGACGUCGGGAAGAGCUGCAGAAAACCAUUGGGCACAAACCAGAGCCAACGGAUGAGGAGUGGGAGCUCAUCAAAAUUGUUACUGAAGCACAUGUGGCCACCAAUGCACAAGGAAGCCACUGGAAGCAGAAAAGGAAAUUUCUGCCAGAAGAUAUUGGGCAGGCACCAAUAGUUAAUGCCCCAGAAGGUGGGAAAGUGGAUUUAGAAGCCUUCAGCCAGUUUACAAAAAUUAUCACACCAGCGAUUACAAGAGUGGUGGAUUUUGCCAAAAAGUUGCCUAUGUUUUGUGAGCUGCCAUGUGAAGACCAGAUCAUCCUUCUGAAAGGCUGCUGUAUGGAGAUAAUGUCCCUCCGAGCAGCAGUUCGCUAUGACCCCGAGAGUGAGACUUUAACACUAAAUGGGGAGAUGGCGGUGACAAGGGGUCAGCUGAAAAAUGGGGGUCUUGGCGUAGUGUCUGAUGCCAUUUUUGACCUGGGCAUGUCUCUUUCUUCAUUUAACCUGGAUGACACCGAGGUUGCCCUUCUUCAGGCUGUUCUGCUCAUGUCAUCAGACCGCCCAGGCCUUGUUUGCGUCGAGAGGAUAGAAAAGUGUCAAGAGGGUUUCCUCCUGGCAUUCGAACACUACAUUAAUUACAGAAAACACCAUGUUGCACACUUUUGGCCAAAACUGCUGAUGAAAGUGACAGACCUGCGAAUGAUCGGAGCCUGCCAUGCCAGCCGCUUCCGGCACAUGAAGGUGGCG